CUGGUAGAAGAGAGAGUCGUGACUAUGUCAAGGAGAAAGUUGGAGAACAAAAGCCUUUCUGGCUUGUUAGCCACAUCUCUGCAGACACAGAUCAAGACAGAUGAUUUCCACAAUUUUUAUAUGCUUGAAUCCAAAGAGCUAGGAAGAGGAAGAUGUGCUGUAGUUAGAAAAUGUAUAGCUAAAUCCACUGGCCAAGAGUAUGCAGCUAAAUUUUUAAAGAAAAGAAGAAGAGGUCAAGACUGCAAAGCAGAGAUUCUUCACGAAGUUGCUGUGCUUGAGUUAAUGAAAUCUAACCCUCGCAUAGUUAAUCUCCAUGAAGUCUAUGAAACCACACAUGAAAUCAUCUUAGUGCUGGAAUAUGCUGCUGGAGGAGAAAUAUUUGACUUGUGUGUCUCAGAUCUGGAUGACAAAAUUGGUGAAAGGGAUAUUGUAAGACUUAUAAGACAGAUCCUUGAAGGACUUUGUUGCUUGCAUGAAAACAAUAUUGUUCAUCUUGAUUUAAAGCCUCAAAAUAUUUUGCUGAGCAGUGUCAAUCCUCUUGGUGAUGUAAAAAUUGUAGAUUUUGGUAUGUCGCGGAAGCUUGAGAAUUCUAGAGAACUGCGACAGAUCAUGGGAACAACAGAGUAUCUAGCUCCAGAAAUCUUAAACUAUGAUCCUAUUACCACGGCUACAGAUAUGUGGAACAUAGGUGUAAUUUCAUACAUGCUGCUGACACAAGAAUCUCCAUUUGUGGGAGCUGAUAAUCAAGAAACUUACCUUAAUAUAUCUCAAGUUAACGUGGAUUAUUCAGAAGAAACAUUUUCAUCAGUUUCACAGCCUGCCAGAGACUUUGUUCAAAAACUUCUCAUAAAAAAUCCAGAGGAAAGACCCACAGCAGAGGCCUGUCUUUCUCAUUCGUGGUUGCAGCAAGGGGAGUUCAUGCUCUUGUGUAGCCCUGAAGAAACUUGUUGCUCUUCUCUGAUGCCAGGACACACAGCAAAAUGCUCAGAAGAGCGGAAUAUAAAAUCGAGUUGUAAUGGUACCUGUAGCAACAAGGAAGACAAAGAAAACAUUCCAGAGGACAGCAGUACAGUCUCCAAACGGUUCCGUUUUGAUGAUUCGUUGCAGUAUCCCCAAGACUUCAUGACAGACCUCGUAUGUUAAUGUGUAAUAUAGACUCUUAGAAAAUGAAUUUAGCAUAAUCUAUUCCAGUGGCGAAUAUAAGAUUAUGGUUUGCCAAUUCGUGCAGUGUUGGCAUACUGGAAAUGCACUUUGAUUCUUUUAUGCUGGUGCUUCCUUUAAUAUCCAUUGCUGGCAAUGGAUUUACCUCCUGACAAUUUGGGGUGGUUGCACCAAUAAAAUGAAUUUUUUUUUAAGAAGAUAGAGUUAAAUAUUUUUGCACUUUUCAAGUUUUAGUCCAACAAUGAUGCCAGAUU